AUGCUCUUUGGUAUAUCGUUUUCGAGUCUCCUAGUCCUCGGACUUGGACUUGGAUCAGCAGCUAAAAUCCCAGGGCUAAAGCCUCUCCUGGCUGAAAGAGGCCAACACAACGGUCAAGGCUGGCACAAGGGCAAAGGAUGGGGCGACAACCCAAACAGAAACUACCAUGGGGGCAAGGAUGGAGGAUGGAGUAACACCAAGUGCAAAAACUCACCCACUUCAAGAGCCUGUUGGAUCCAGGAUUACACCGUGGCGACGGAUUCUGAGAUGCACUGGCCGAAGACGGACAAGACUGUUCGUUACAAGCUGGAGAUCACCAACAAGACCUUGUCGCCCGACGGAAGGCCCCGACAAAUGCUGGUUGUCAAUGGGCAAUAUCCUGGCCCUGUCAUCACUGCUGACUGGGGUGAUAUGCUUCAGAUCGAGGUUACAAACCACAUGCAAGACAAUGGAACUUCCAUCCACUGGCACGGUUUCACGCAAGUCGGCACCAAUACCGAAGAUGGUGUGGGCGGCGUCACUGAAUGUCCUAUCCCGCCUGGAAGCACCCGCACCUACAGGUUCAGGGCGACUCAAUUUGGAACGACCUGGUACCACUCGCAUUUCUCCAAUCAAUACGGCGAUGGGAUUGUUGGAGCGAUGGUCAUCAACGGGCCAUCUUCAGCAGACUACGACGUUGAUCUCGGCCCAGUCGCUCUGACCGAUUUUUACUAUGGCCAGAUGACCGAACUCGCGAAGGUUUCGAGGGGAGAGAUUGUCAUUCCUGGGAAAGUUGGGCCACCGACACCAGAUAACGGCUUGAUCAACGGAGUCAAUAUGAACGCGACGAAGACGGGUGGACAUUACUUCAACACCACCAAUCUCGUUCCCGGAAAAAAGUACAAAAUUCGUCUGAUCAACACUUCCAUCGAUAACGCCUUCAUGGUGUCUCUCGACUCCCACCAGUUCACCGUCAUCCAAGCAGACUUCAUCCCCAUUGUGCCUUACACCACCGAUUGGAUCUUCGUCGGUAUCGGACAGAGAUACGAUGUUAUCUUCACCGCAGGGGCAAAGCCGGAUAACUACUGGCUCCGCGCCGAGGUCCAAAAUGGCUGUGGUAACAACGCCAACAAUGGACAGAUCCUCGCCAUCUUCAACUACAAGAAUGUCCCACUCAAGAUCCCCACGACUGUCACGAACGCAACAUACACUCCAGGAUGUGUCGACGAGUCCCAGCUCGAGCCCGUCCUGAAGAAGAGCGUCCCGCGAUCCGAGUUCGAGAAGGUAUACGGCUUCAACGGCACCAGCACGUUGACCGUGGGUCUCACCCAGAACGAACAGCAGAUUUUCUUCUGGACCAUCAACGGAAACUCGAUCAACGUCAAGUGGGAGGAGCCCACGCUGCGAUACAUCGCCGACGGGAACGACGCCUUCAAGGCCCAGAGGGCCCUCGGCAUCAUCGAGAUCCCCCAGGCCGACAUCUACACCUUCUGGGUGGUCCAGAACUCGGGCUUCGCCCCCCACCCGAUCCACCUCCACGGCCACGACAUGUACGUCCUCGGCGUCUCGACCCCCGCCGACCUGCCGGCCCCGGUCAACGGGACGCAGAGCCCGGCCUACUUCAACGCCUCGAACAUUGACGCCCUGAACUUCGAGAGCCCGACCCGGCGGGACGUCGUCAUGCUGCCGGCCUACGGCUGGCUGGUCGUUGCCUUCGAGACCGACAACCCUGGCGCCUGGUUGAUGCAUUGCCACAUCGCCUGGCAUGUCAGCGAGGGGCUGGCGAUCCAGUUUUUGGAGAGGGAGAAGGAUAUCCCCGGGGCGAUGAUAAAUGGGUUGGGCAAGAUUGAUGAGAACUGCAAGGCGUGGGAGUCGUGGUAUAACUCGCGACCGCCGACGAAAGAUGACUCGGGGCUGUGA